AUGGGCGGGGCGACCAAUCCGUCGGUAGACCUCCAUCAAUCCCUCGACAGGGCUGCCGAGCUCAUCGAUGCGGUCAAAGCCCUCAUAGUGCCCUUUGUCCGGGCUGCCGAUGAGGCGGCGCCACUCAAGGCGACGGGCAACUCGACGGUCACGACGGCGUCCGGGGAAGUCAGAAAUGCCCUCGUGGACGAGCACGCUCCCGAGGCGUUGGUGGCCAAGUUCAAGCUGCAGCUCCCGGAUGAGGGCCGUGGGAAAGAAGGGGCGCUGGAGCUGUUCGAAAAGGUUCUCAAGUAUAGCGUCAACACGUGGGACCAAGGUUUCAUGGAUAAGCUAUAUUCGAGCAACACGCCGGUUGGUGUCAUUGCGGACUUGCUGCUCUCUGUCUUGAAUACGAACCUCCAUGUUUACCAGGUAUCACCAGCGCUAUCUCUCAUAGAGAAGCUCACCGCUAAGCAGUUCGCCGGGCUCUUUGGAUUCACGGGCCCACGGGCAGGCGGCGUCGUCUGCCAAGGCGGAAGCUCGUCCAACUUCACAUCGCUCGUGGUGGCGAGGAACACGCUGUACCCAGAGACCAAGGUGGUGGGCAACGCCCAGCACGACUUUGCUCUCUUCACCAGCGUGCACGGGCACUACUCGGUAGAAAAGAGCGCCAUCUCCUGCGGCAUGGGCUCUUCCAACGUCAUCGCCAUCCCCGUCGACGAGUUUGGGUGCAUGAUCCCGUCCGCGCUCCGGGAGGCCGUGGUCGAGGCCAAGGAGCGGGGAAAGACGCCGCUAUACGUCAAUGCCACGGCGGGGACGACGGUGCUGGGCUCGUACGACCCGCUCGAGGCCAUCUCGGAAAUUUGCAAGGAGUUCAACCUCUGGAUGCACGUAGACGGCAGCUGGGGCGGGCCGGCCAUCUUGUCGCACAAGCACAGGGGCAAGCUUGUGGGCUCGCACCUCGCCGAUUCGCUCACGGUGAACCCGCACAAGAUGCUGAGCGUGCCCGUGACGUGCUCGUUUCUGCUGACCCCGGACAUCAAGGUGUUCCACGCGGCCAACAGCCUACCGGCCGGCUACCUCUUCCACUCAGUGGGCGAGGAGGAGCCGUGGGAUCUGGCGGAUCUGACGCUCCAGUGCGGGCGCCGCGGCGACGCCGUCAAGCUCGCGCUGGCGUGGACGUACUACGGCGCGCAGGGGUUCGAGCAGCAGGUCGACCACGCCUUCAACAUGGCGGCGUACAUGGCCGGGCUCGUGGACCGCAGCGCCGACCUGGUCCUGGUCUCCUCCAACCCGCCGCCUUGUCUGCAGGUGUGCUUCUACUACGCUCCCGGGAGCCAGGUGUCUGACGAUGCCGAGCUCAACACGCGGACGACGAGGACGGUGGCCGAGCGCCUCGUCGCGCGCGGUUUCAUGAUCGACUAUGCGCCGGGAGAGAAAGGUAGCUUCUUCAGGGUGGUGGUCAACACGCAGACGCUCAGCGGUACGGUCGAGGGCCUCGUCAAGGCCAUCCAGGAGAUUGGGCGGGAGGUAUGGAAGCCGUAG